AUGUCUUCGCUGAGGAAGUCGGCAUCGUUUCGGUCGCGAAUUCCGGUGCGCCGCGUCCGGCCAGCCCACCGGCGGUGCGUUAGCCCGCAGCCGUCGACCUCCACCUCCGUCAACAGCCAGCACGGCUCGGAGUCGUCCAUCGCGACCGGUGGACCGCGCCACUGGUACGACCGUAGCCACUGCUACUCAUCCUCGAGCUACUCGUCCAGCGACGAAAGCUACGACUCGGAAGCGGCUCCCUUUCAGCAUCUCCUGAAUCAAUCAUCGUUCGCAACCGACGGCUGCCGACUGUUGGUGGCCGCAAGCCCCGCAUCCGCACCCACCGACCAGCAGCAGCAGCAUCCACAGCGUCUGCCGGCAGCUCAACAACCAGCACUGCAGCAGCAGAAGCGACCGGAACCGACCGAGUUUGACCACCAUCCGUUCCUGGUGCAGCAUCCGUUCGAGGCGAACGGGUCCUGUCUGAGCACCUCGACCGAUGCCAUGAGCCUCGACGGGCUGCUGGACUGCGUCAGCACCGGGACCUUCUCUUCCUGCCCGCCGUCACCCCAGUCAAAGUCGUACCUGGAUCCGGACGACCGGCGACAGCUGUCCGGCAUCGACGUGUCCAGCUAUGAGUCGCUGGAGAAGUUCGGCUACGCCCUGGAGACACUGAAGAUAUCGGACGCGUACGGCCACUCGCGAAACGGUGGCAACGGUCCGGCCACGGCUGCCGCGGUUGGAGACCCGUUACUCGGCGGAGGCGAAGGUAUUGUACCGCUCGGGCAGCCCCGUUCCGGCGAAGGAUUACUGCCACCACCCCGGGGUGUUGACGGCCAACCGAACCAGGAGGAUGAUGAUCUGGUCAAACAGCGAAAGCUUAGCGAUUGGUAUUAUAUCAAAACGGCACCGACCAAGAAACCCUCGAGCCCGUUCGAACGGCGGCGGGCCGUUCCGCGGCCAGUGGCUCGCCUUCCAGUCGUUCCGCCGGUCGGAGAGCCAGCGAAGGACCCGGAACCGACGGAUCCGGAAUCGGUGGAUCCACCGGCCGGUUGGGGUCAUAAAUUUUCGUCGCCCAUUCCACGGCCACGUCGGUUACCGUCGGGGCUGGGUGUGGAGCCGUCGCUAGAGUCACGGUCCGUCACCAAGUCCGCCUCCUCGUCCAGCGUGAACACGGGACCACGGCCCGGGGCUCGUGGCCAGCCAAGGCUACACUCCAACACGGACCUCCAGCAGGUCGGCACCCGGAGGGCGAUCGCUCCCGGGACGCUCCUGCUGGACGAACUGGAACUCGUCGGUGGACUAGAGCAGCUCGGGGCAGCGGGCCGACUUCCGGAACUGACCGGAAGCCGUGAUCGCUUCUCGCCCUACUGCCGCCGGCGCCACCGCCAGCAACCGAUGCUGGUGCCCCACUGGUUCCCACCGCCGCCACCACCACCGUACCAUUUCCCUCACCACCAACACCGCCGGCCUCCACCGGCACCCACAGGAGUCGUGGAUGACCCGCGCAACAUUUACGAGAACUACCCGGCGACCCCGGCGACGGAACCCACGGACUCCGCCUUCGAGGCGACCACCACGGUGGGAAUACCGGUUCCACGGGCUCGUUCCAUCCCAGCCCAGCAAUCCGGAGCGAGCUUCGGUGUCAACGGUUCUAGUCUGCGGCCACCACCGCUCUGUGGCAUCGAGGAGAACGAGGUAUUCCAGUACAAGGGCCUGCAGGCGGACCAACGGCCUCUGCCACGGCCGCCCAUCGAUUCCGACGAAGAACUGCUGGAUCCGGUCACCGGUCAGCCGGCGGUGGAGAAGAAAAGCUCGCUGACACGGUGUUACCCAACAAAGUCGCAGCCAUCGUCGCAACAGCCGGCGCCACCGCCGGGCACAGCGGGAGCGUCCUCCGGUAAGUCGGGCGCCUCGUACCGGGCGGACUAUGAGCUGUCCGGGUCGUACGUGUCGCUCGAGUGUCCGUCGCCCCCGGGACCGCCGACCUGCGGGCCGGAAGGGCGCCGUGGGGAUCCGCAGGCCCGGCUGGCGAACUACCUGCGCACGCUGUACGCCGAGCUGGCGGCCAAGGAGCCGGUGCUGCCGGCCUGGGUGCACCCGGUGGCCCCGGGCACCCUCUGCCCGGCCCGGCUCGAGCCCGAGCUGCGCCUGCACAUCCACUCGCACGGCCUGAACGAGGCGAUCGGCGUCGACCAGAUCCUGACGCCGGUGCAAACCAAAGACGGACCGUUCCUGGAGGCCCCGCGGCGCGUCCUAAUCGAGUGUCCUCCGUGGGCGACGCGUAGUGCACUGGCGUUGCGCCUACUGCACGGCUGGAGCCGCGAACCACCGUGGCCACCACGGGGCCAACCGGUCGCCCUUGCCCUGUUCGUACCGCUGGCCGAGCUCGGCAAGGGUACGACGCUCGCCAACUUCAUCGCCAAAGAGCUGCUCCCUCGGGGUCCUCCGAACCCGUUUGCCAGCGGCUUCGGGGGUUUCAGCGCCGCCUGGGCCUCGCUCGAGUCGCUCAAGGGCAAGCUGCUGAUCGUGCUGGAUGGGUACGAUGUGCAGUGCAAGUCGCGCAAAGCGAAAACCCUCCCCAAGGACGUGGUGGACCUGCUCGAGGGUCGCCUUUUCCCCGAGGCUCGCGUCGUCCUGGUGAGUGUGACGGCGUCGUGCGCCGAGUUGCUACCGCUGAUGCAACGUCACAUCACCCUGGAGGGGCUGGUUUGGGGUCGCUCGGUGUCACUGCUGGGCGGCGGGCAGUGGGGAGCUCCGACCCGGCUCAUCGACACCGUACAAUCGUGCCGUGCGCUACGAAACGUAGCGCGGACCACGCUCGGGUGUCUGGCGAUCGCUGCGCUCUACGAGUCGUCGGCCGGAGUCCUGCCGACCGACGAGCUGGAGGUGAUGGCCGCGGUGUUCCAGUGCGUGGCAGCGAACGCCACGCACACGCAGCUUACCGAGCUCGGCCGGUUGGCUCUGUUCUGUCUGAAAACCAAGCGCUCCACCGUGACGUCGGCCGAGCUGAAGAUGUACUGCUCGUCGCCCGACUCCAGCAUCGCCGGCUGCCUGGACCGGGCCCCGCUCUUUGGGCGCUCGGCACGCCGCAAGUCCACCGCCGACUACUGCUACACCAUCAUCUGCCCGGGGCUGGCCGAGUUCCUGGCCGCCAACUACAUCGUAUCGCUCGCCAACCGGCCCGGUCUGCUGGCGGCCGAAAUCGCGGGCCUAGCGGUGGGCGAUGAGGUCGAACCGGAGAUCCUGAAGGUGCUGAACUUCGCGAUGGCCCUGCUCGGGGCCCGGGCACACCUGCUGCUGUCGAAGCUGACCCCGCUCUGGCUCAGCCCGCAGACCAUCUUCUCGCUGGCGCUGGCCGGCGGCGAGACGGAAGCGAACCUGACGGCCCUCUGCGAAAUGCUCGGCAUCUCCAAGUCGCCCCCGGUACCGCCGCUCGAGGCGAAGCCGGUCUGGGUGUCGAUCAAGUCCACGCUGGGGGAACUGCAGGGCUGGGGGCUGGCGUUCAAAAGCCCGACCUGCACGCUCAAGAACCUGGAGCUGGUGUACCAGCUGGAGAAGAACCUGCUGCUCGAGUCGCGCAACGUGAUGGACAUCUUCCUGGAUGCGCUCUCGAAGAACGAGAGCGUCACGACGCUCCGCAUCACGUCGCUGAUCGAGAACGAGAUCCGCGACUCGGACAUCAACUAUCUGGCGGCCUGCAUCUCGAAGGCGCUGCUCAAACCGCGGCUCGAGAGCUUCGAGCUCGUGCUGACGCUCCUGGAGGAGGACCCGCCGAUCCUGAAGCUCCAAUCGGUGGUGACGGCCCUCUGCCGAACGAUGCCCCGUCAGCCGAAGCUCAGCAAUCUGUCGCUCGACCUCGGCCUCUGCACUUCGCAGCUCGUCCAGAUUUGCGCCACGCUCGAGAAGUGUCCACACGUGACGCGCCUCUCGCUGCCACACUUGCGCUGCGAACGGGGUGCGGUGGGGGCGCUGGCGGCACUGCUGGCCGUUCGGCCCCUGUCGUACCUGGGCUUACCGUCGAGCUGGGGCGCCCGCGAUGAUCCACCGUCCUCGAGCGGCGUCAGUAUGGGCUCGGGAUCGGGCAGUAGCAGUGGAAACUCGGGGCUCAUCAAGCAGUCCUCGCUGACGGCGGCCCCCUCACCACGCUCCUACCCGGCCGGUAUCUUCUCGUCGUUGCCACGCGGUGUCCUGAACGCGACCAACAACCUGGGCCGCUCGGCGACACUCCCGCGGCAACCGAUGGACGGUCCGCCGGACAAGCGCAGCACGGAUUCGGUCAUCUCGCGCACCUGGUACCCGACGCCGGCCUGCGACGGCGGACCGCACAACUCCGGGACGCUCCACGAGUUGCUGCUGGCGGCCCGUGACACCUACUCCCGGCUCCACGGACUCGACCUGAGCAAGGCGCAGCUCUCGCUCGAGGACUCGAUGUGCCUCGGCGAAACGGUGCGCGUCUCGACGACGCUCCACGCGAUCAAGCUUGAGGGUGCGUCGCGGCUGAGUGAGAUCCUGCCCACGGUGCUCGGGGCCAGCGAGUCGCCCUGCCUGCAGAUGCUGAGCCUCGGAUCGCCCCGGAUCGCGCUCGAGGAUGCGGCCGUCGGCAUGUCGGCCCGUGCCUUGGGCAGCUGCAUCACCCUGCGGCUGCUCAGCCUGGACGGGUGGAGCUUCCGGAUAGAGAACAUUGGGACGCUCGCGUCCGUGCGUGGCUUCCUCUCGCUCACGACCGUACGUGAGCUGGGCCUCAACAACUGUCGCUUCAACAUGCCCAUGUUCCGGAGCGAUGUCCCGGUUCAGCCCGGUGCCUACGAGUGCCGAUCGGUCGUCAACCUCAAGCUGGCCGGUGCACAGAUCAUCUUCUCCGAUCACCUGUCGAUGAAGGGUCCCCACAUGCUGCCGUACUUGGUUGGGUUCGUGAACCUGCGCGAGCUGGACCUCUCGGCACCGUCGCGGACCGGCUUCGGCAGCACUUCGGCUUCGACGCCACUCAUCCUCUCCGACAAGGACGUGGUUGGCUUCUUCCACACCCUCAACAGCCACUUCAGCCACUUGAACACGCUGAAGAUGUGCAACUGGAUCAUCCACCUGGACGAGGCGGCCAAAACGCUGAAGGCCGUGGCGAAGCUACUCAAGUCCAGCCCGCUCAGCCACCUGAAGCUGGACAACGUGGUCGCGAUGGACCGGCCGAAGAAGCAGCGCAUCGAGCCGCAGGUGAUGCACGUCUUCCUGGCCAACCUGCCGCUGCUGCGGUGGUUCGGCAUCACGCUGCACGGCAUGAGCGAGGAGCAGAUCACUGGUCUCGGUAGCCACUGUGCCGAUAUGCGCGGCAUGGAGAUUGACGUGCGGCUGUCCGAUUCGACGAUCGAAAACGCACGGCUGAUGACGAGCAACCUCGGCAUGGACGGAAAGUUCGACAUUCGCGUCUCCACGUUUGGCACCUCGAACAGCAUACUGAUUCACAUCGAGAAAACUUCGACGAAAAGCUUGUCCCGCAAAUAA